GUGGUAAAUGUUCAUCUUGUCAUUCUUCUACCCCGCACUUUACAGUCUGUACACUAGCAAAACAAGACAUUGUUUUCAUACUGGAUUCUUCAACUAGCGUUGGCCGUCCAAACUUCAACAAAAUGUUAAAUUUUGUGAAAACCUUCGUGCAGCACGAGGAUAUCGAGGAUGGAAAUGUUCGGGUGGGAGUAGUGACUUAUAGUACAACAGUCAGUAUCCAGUUCCACUUGGAUGAACACAAAAGUCGGCAUGACCUUGAGAAAGCAAUAGAAUCUAUACCCUAUCAGUUUGGUAAUACUAACACUGCGGCAGGGCUGCGAACAAUGCAUAAUGUGCUAUUUACAUCUGAUCACGGUGACCGUCCUGACGCAGACAACAUAGCUAUCAUUUUGACAGAUGGAAUCUCAAACAUUGGCCACACUCGCACCAUUCCUGAAGCCAAUUCAGCCAAGGACAACGGUAUCAGGAUAUACGCGAUAGGAAUUGGACUCAUUGACACGAAAGAACUUGACGGAAUGGCUAGCCUACCUACAGCAGACCAUAGUUUCAAUGUGAAUGAUUUUAGCGAGCUGGAUAAUCUUCAGGACGCCGUGUUAGAUUCAACAUGCAAGGUCAUUACCCUACCGCCUACAACAACACCUCUAGUUUGCAAUGCGGCAAGACAAGAUAUUGUUUUCAUCCUCGAUAUGUCAACGAGUGUUGGUUUUAGUAACUUUGCCAAAAUGCUAGAAUUUCUGGAAAACUUUCUGUCGCACGAUGAUAUUGAUAACGGUAUAGUACGUGUGGGUGUCGUGGGAUAUAGCACUGAUGCCAAGGUUGAGUUUCAUUUAAAUGAAUAUUCUUCGACUACUUCGCUGUACAACGGUAUUAAUAAUAUAAAGUACAUGCUCGGAAACACGAAUACAGCUGCAGGACUGAAGCUUAUGAGAACGACUAUGUUCACAAUUGAACACGGGGACAGACUGGAUGCUGAGAACAUAGCUAUAAUAAUAACUGAUGGCAUAUCAAACGUAAACUCACGUCAAACGCUACCGGAAGCAAGAACUGCGAGGAAUUCCGGGAUAAAAAUAUACGCUAUAGGCGUUGGUUUGACAGAAACAACGGAGCUACAGGGUAUAGCGUCUCUGCCGCUUGAGGAGCAUUUGUUACUUACUGACGAUUUCUCCGAGCUCAACAGUCUUAAAGAUACGGUGUUUGAAUCGAAGUGUCCGAAAACGACACCGACACCUGAACCAACGACGCCAAUGCCGACGUCACCAGCCCCUACAGCGCCACCUAUUGGUAGUAUUGCACUCCGAUACUGAUAACAUAACACAA